AUGCUCGAGACUUUGGAAUAUAAAGGACGGUUGCCAAGUAAAGAUAUAGAGCCGUAUGAGUGGUCAAAUUAUGCUGAAAGUCACGUAGAACAACAAAAGGAAGUCAUCAGAUACCUUGAAAAACAUCUCGUUCCGAAGCUUCCUUCCGAAAUAAUGAUGCUCAACGUCGCCAACGAUAAAGAGUUUCUCGAUAUAUAUGACCAUCCACAACUUCCAUAUGAUCUUCGGGGUGGAACUGAUAUUAUCCUAGAAGUGCAACCUGUGCACGUGUAUCAAGCUAUUAUGGAGAUGAUUGCUGCUGACCUUUAUGUAAACGACAAAAUUAAGGUUUUCGGAGUGCUUACUGAUCUAAAAGACAUAUGGAACAUUUAUUGG